AGCCCAAGAGGGACAUCCGGGCACCGUCGAACCGAGAGCGACCGCCAUACGGUUCACGGCGUGCACAUGGGGCCCCGGGUUCCACAAGGGCUCGAGAGUUGGGCUCCCGCUGCCAUCAGGAUCGCGCGCGCGAGGAUCUUGUCGCUGGCGGUCUGUCUUGGGAAGAAGGAUAAAUAGCUCGCUGACCGACCGACUUGUUGCUGACGGACUUGUCUUGCCCGCUGCUUGGUUGUUGCCGAACACAUCGGAAACCAGUGAGGCCCGAGCGAAAGAGCACCCGACACUGCACUCCUCACUCCAAGCCUCCCGAGAUACCUACCCGUACCAGAUCCGAGAGAACCUCAAGGAGCGCUCCAGCUAUGGGCUUCCAAUCUGGCGACGUCGUCCGCCUCCGCGGUUCCACGGUGGUCUACAAGGUUGUCGCGGUCAACGGGAGCCUGGUGACAAUCCUGGUCUCGAACCCGCAGCCCGACGGCCAGUAUCUGCCCUUCAAUUCGACGGCGCUGCAGACGGUGGACGAAUCGCGGCUCGAGCGGGCCGACGAUGUAGCUUGAGCCGAGCUUGAGCCGGGCUUUGGGCCGCGUCAGCAGCCGGAUCGCUGGGGUGGCGUCCUUUUCCUUGAUAUCCCUUGAGAGCAGGUCUUUCUUAGAGAAGGUGGCAUGCAUCGUUUGGUUUCCUGGAAGCGCGGCGCAGAGAGGGUCUCUAGCUUCACAGCUCAACA